ACAACCUUAUAGAACACCUUCGCUACUACACACCAAUUGCCCAUCAUGAACAAGUUUCUUCUUGAUUUGGCUCUGGCUAGCACUGUUUCCGCCGCUUGGAUUCCGAUUGGACAUGGUCCAACUGAGUCCAGCAAGGACGCCGUUGUUUCUACAGCCAUUCCUACCAUCGCUGAUGCCGAUCUCGAUCCUGAGUUCGGACAGCCUAUGAGAACCACUCGAACCUACCAGUCUGCGGUCAUCCCUACUAUCGCUAACCCUGAUCUCGAUCCUGAUUUCGGACAGCCCAUACGGUCCACGCAGUCCGCAGUUGUCCCUACUAUCAAUGUUCCCGAUCUUGACCCCGAGUUUGGGCAGCCUAUGAGAACCACUCGAACUUAUCAGUCGCCUGUUCUUCCCACUAUCGCUGAUCCCGAUCUUGAUCCUGAAUUCAAUCAACCUAUGAGAACUACACGCACCUCACCUGUACUUCCCACCGACAUUGUCUCUGACUUCGACCCUGAGUUCGGUCAGCCCAUGCGAACUACACGCACUUAUCUGCCACCUGUAAUUCAUACCAGCCUUGCCUCUGACUUUGACCCUGAGUUUGGACAACCCAUGCGAACUACACGCACUUAUCAUCCACCUGUGAUUCAUACCAGCCUUGCAUCUGAUUUCGACCCUGAAUUCGGACAGCCUAUGAGAACCACAAAGACCUACGAGUCAGCUGUUGUUCCCACCAUCCAUGUUCCUGAGGACACUGUCAUCUUGCGCCCUAUUCAGUCUACCAAGACCUUUGAGAUUCCUGUCGAGACUCUCACCUCUAUCAUCUAUGUGCCCGUACCUUGCAACACCGGCUCAUGUCACCCAAGCUUCACCACCAAGACUGUUCUUGUUUCUACUGGUGCUCCCGCUCCCACUUCCUCUAGUGGAUGCAGUCCUGCCUGUCCCAGUCUUUGUCCUCCAGCUCAUUUGCCUCGUCCUAUUCCCUCUCAUCCUCAUCGUCCCGUUCCUGUUCCCACUGGCAACAACCACCCUGAGUACCACAACACCACCUACCCCGAGCCCAGACCCAUCGAAGGCAAAUUCUGGACGAUCAAGGACCUCACCCGCCACUGUGCCAAAGACGGAAAGUCUUGCGACUACAAGUUUGCUAUUGAGGCUGACGGCAAGACUGAGCACUGCAACAUCAACCGCAAGCCUGGUUCUGAUGCCGCCCUCGAGAGCUGGACCAACGUCCCCUGCAACAAGAAGUCUCACAAGACUGUUUCUUGGGGCUAUGUCACUGAACCAGCACCCGCCUUUGCUGUUGUCACUGUCGUUGAGGGCAAGGUUCUUGCAUGGUUCGGUGUCGCAGACAUCAAUGGCCAGAAGGUUACUUCUUCGAAACCAUUCGGCUCUGGACAUUACGGCAACCUUGGACCCGAUCAGGUCUACACUUACUAG